CUCUCUCACGUCAGCCACCACCACCCACCGCCAGAUCUUCAAAUCUAUAAGGACCUCCCAUCUCUCUGUUCGGCCAUCGAUUCAGCAUUUCUCAGCUACUGAUUGUCAAAUUUCACUAGUUUCAAGCUUUGCUUCUAUCCAAAAUACUGAGGUGUUCACCUUCUUUGACUACACGCUGGCGGUGGCGUUUCACUUCUAGGUUUAGGGUUACCAGAAUUGGAUGAGUAAGGUGGUGGUGGUGGUGGUGUUGCCUUGCUUUGAUUCCAGAGAGAUUUCUAAGGGAGAUUGUGGUUUGGUGAUUCGUUGUUGCGGUAGGUGGGAUAAAUGUGGCUGAAUUAAUCUCCCCUUUCCGAAUUCCGGCAACCAUCGCUACUGCCCUUUCUUGUUUGUUGUUUUCAGUCUCCCUUUGAUUCUUUCUUCUAUUCUGUUAGUUUUUGGGGCUCUCUCGAUCUGUUUCCAGAAACAGUAAUCAGACCUUGUGGGAUCAAUCUCAAUUGUGGGACGAUAACGAUGCAACAAGAUCCGCGAAGAAAGAAUCCAAAAGAGGUCGAGUUCUUCACCGAGUAUGGUGAAUCAAAUCGAUACAAAAUCUUGGAGAUCAUAGGGAAGGGAAGUUAUGGAGUCGUUUGUUCAGCUGUUGAUACACACACCGGGGAGAAGGUUGCAAUCAAGAAAAUAACCGACAUUUUUGAACAUGCAUCGGAUGCUGUUCGUAUCUUGCGUGAAAUCAAAUUGCUAAGGCUUUUAAGGCAUCCUGAUAUUGUUGAAAUUAAGAGGAUCAUGUUGCCACCAUCAAGACGGGCAUUUAAAGAUAUUUUUGUAGUAUUUGAACUCAUGGAGUCCGAUCUUCACCAAGUCAUAAAGGCCAAUGAUGACUUGACACAUGAGCACCAUCGUUUUUUCCUCUAUCAGAUGCUACGAGCAUUGAAGUAUAUGCAUACGGCAAAUGUGUACCAUCGAGAUCUUAAACCGAAGAAUAUAUUGGCAAACGCCAAUUGCAAGCUCAAGAUAUGUGACUUUGGACUCGCAAGGGUGGCAUUUAAUGAUGCCCCGACAGCAGUUCUUUGGACGGAUUAUGUCGCAACAAGAUGGUACAGGGCUCCUGAGCUAUGUGGAUCUUUUUCUUCAAAGUAUACUCCUGCUAUUGAUAUAUGGAGCAUCGGUUGUAUCUUUGCUGAAGUAUUGACCGGAAGACCACUUUUCCCGGGAAAGAGUGUCGUUCAUCAGUUGGAACUUAUAACCGAUCUUCUCGGGACACCAUCAGCAGAUAUCAUUUCUGGAGUUCGUAAUGAUAAGGCAAGAAAAUACUUGAUGGAUAUGCGUAAAAAGCAACCCGUGCCAUUUUCGCAGAAAUUUGUGAAUGUAGAUCCUUUUGCACUCAGGCUAUUGCAGAGGUUGUUAGCAUUCGAUCCCAAGGAUCGGCCAACUGCUGAAGAGGCUUUAGCCGAUCCUUACUUCAAGGGAUUGGCUAAGCUGGAGAGGGAACCUUCUUGUCAGUCAAUCUCGAAGCUCGAGUUUGAGUUUGAAAGGCGUAGGGUGACCAAAGAGGAUAUUCGGGAACUAAUAUUUUGGGAGAUUCUGGAAUACCAUCCUCAACUGCUAAAAGAUCAUAUGGCUGGGAACGAAAGCACAAACUUUCUCUAUCCUAGUGCUAUCGGUCAAUUUCGUAGGCAGUUUGCAUAUCUAGAGGAAAACAGUGGGAAAAACGGGCCUGUUAUGCCUCCAGAACGGAAGCAUGUUUCUCUCCCAAGGUCUUCAGUCAAUUCAGGUAUGAUUGCUUCUAGACCGCAACAGAAUGUGGUUGCAUUUGACAAUAGACGAGUGAUGGAAACUGCGAUUAGUGGCGGUAGAGUAAUAGAUACGUCUGUAAAUGUUUACAAGGCGGCAGCGGCUGCUGCUGUUACUCGUCCACCCCCCAGGAUGCCCACAGCUAAGCAAGGAAGAAUUAUAGGGCCGGUUCUCCCGUACGAAGAAGUGUAUGAUCCAAGGGUGGUGGUGAAAAACGCAGUUGCACCUCCGGUGGCUCUUCCUCCACAAUAUGUAUAUAUGACCACCAAUGGCGGAGAUGAAGGAAAUAUUCACACAACGGAAGCCAGUAGGGAUUCAUCCUCAGUUCCACACCCGCACCCGCACCCACAAACAUACCCAUACCCACACCCGCACCCACAAGUGGUGGGGGCGGCAAAAUUGAGUGGGGGCAUAGUGAUUGACCUCAAUAGUAACAUGUAUUACAGCCAAACACAUGCACAUUCACAUGUGAAUCCACAUGGUAUGGCAAGCCAACAAUCUUCUAGUGAACGGAUAGCAAUCGCUCAAACUCAGUUCGGUCAUGUAGCAGGAGUUGCGGCUGCCGCCGCUGCUCAUACGGUUGUUCAGAUUGGACUGUCUUGAAAAGAAAAGAAGGGAUGUUUAAUUUGAAAUGGUGUUUAGUUGCUAGCUGUUGUCCUGUAAAUUGUGAACUCCUUUUUCUAGGGUUGAAAAAAAAGAAAAAAGUGUGAUCUUCAUUUCAC